AUGUGUGUCGCAAACUUAUCGACUCUGCCGCCCGCAUCCAUCUCCAUUGCGAUGGAUAGAGGCGGCACCUUCACAGACGUCUGGUCUUCGGUCGACGGCCAAGACGAUUUCGUCUUCAAGCUGCUUUCCGUAGAUCCCGACCACUACAAAGAUGCGCCCACAGAAGUUAAAGGUGUAAGAAGAGUAUUAUCACACUAUCUCGGUCGCGAGAUCCCCAAGAAUGAGCUGUUGCCCAAGGAGCACAUCAAGGCCAUCCGCAUGGGAACGACCGUCGCCACCAACGCCCUUCUGGAGCGAAAAGGCACUCGCCACGCCUUCUUGGUCACCAAGGGCCACCGGGAUGUCCUGGAAAUCGGCUCGCAGCAAAGACCCGAUAUCUUUGCCUUGAAUAUCAAGAAGCCGUCCACUCUGUACGAUGCCGUCGUCGAGGUUGACGAGAGAGUCACUGUUGAGUUUUACGACGAGGCUCCCAAGCGAGCCGACGGUGUUCGCAAGGACAUCCAGGGAGAGGUAGUUAAGGGCCUUGGCGGCGAGUAUGUCCGUGUAAUUGAGAAGCUUAAUGAAGAAACAACCAGAGCCUCGCUGCAGAAGCUCAAGGACGACGGCUACACCACACUGGCGGUGUGCCUGGCGCACUCGUUCCUGUACGCGGAGCACGAGAAGCGAGUAGAGGAGAUUGCUCGUGAGAUGGGUUUCGACCACGUCUCCAUCUCAUCCGCCGUCGGUGCCAACAUGGUCAAGAUGGUGGCUAGAGGAGGUUCUGCCUCCGCCGAUGCCUACCUCACCCCUGUGACCAACGAGUACAUCCGCAGCUUUGCCUCUGGCUUCGCAGGUGGCAACCUCGAUGGCCUUCGCUGCCAGUUCAUGCAGAGUGACGGCGGUCUCGUCGACUUUAGAGCCUUCAGCGGCAUGAAGGGAAUUCUAAGCGGCCCUGCCGGUGGUCUCGUCGGAUAUGCUCGCACAUCAUACAAUGGAGUCACUCCCACAGUUGGGUUCGAUAUGGGUGGCACAUCAACUGAUGUGAGUCGAUUCGGUGGUGUUUUCGACCACAUUUUCGAGAGCACUACUGCAGGUGUCACAAUUCAGAGCCCCCAGCUCGACAUCAACACCGUCGCCGCUGGUGGUGGCAGUAUCCUCACUUGGCAAAACGGUCUGUUCAAGGCCGGGCCUGAGAGUGCCGGCGCUCAUCCUGGUCCAGCUGCAUAUCGUAAGGGCGGUCCUCUCACCAUCACGGACGCCAACUUGCUGCUUGGCAGACUACUGCCCGAGUACUUCCCCAAGAUUUUCGGCCCCACCGAGGACCAGGCACUGGAUGUCGAUAUUGUUCGGGAGAAGUUCGAACAGCUCGCCCAGCAGAUUCGUCAAGACACCGGCCGUGAUCUGUCGCCCGAGGAGGUUGCUGUGGGAUUCAUCGAAGUCGCAAACGAGUCCAUGUGCCGCCCUAUUCGCGCUCUGACCGAGGCUAGAGGAUUCGAAAUAACUUCUCAUAACCUUGCUGUCUUUGGCGGCGCUGGUGGCCAGCACGCCUGUGAGAUUGCCGAGAACUUGGGAAUCCAGAGAGUGGUCUUGCACAAGUACUCUAGUCUUCUAUCCGCGUACGGCAUGGCUCUCGCCGAAGUUGUGCAGGAAGGCCAGGAGCCUUGCAACGAGUUCUUGACGCCUGAAACGCUGCCUAAGAUUGAGGCCCGUCAUACGUAUCUCUGCGAGACCACUGCGGCCGAGCUCCUCAAGCAAGGCACCGACAAGUCCGCGAUCAAACACGAGAUCUACCUCAACCUUCGCUACCGCGGUAGUGACACGACUCUCAUGAUUCUGAAGCCAGCUGAUGGUGACUGGAAGAGGGAGUUCAUCGCAGAGCACCUUCGAGAGUUUGCCUUUACGCUUCCUGGCGACAGAGAGAUCCUUGUCGACGACAUCCGCAUAAGAGCCAUCGGCAUCAGCACUGAAAACACAAAAGACAACGACUUGCUCUCGAGAGAGCUGAAGGAGGACAAAUUCGUUGCAACCAAGGAAGAAUCCCUCGCGUCUGAAACUCGCCCCGUCUACUUCAAGCAUGGAGGCUCCCACCAGGCGAAGGUCUUCCAGCUUCAAAACCUUCCCACAGGCCAUCUCGUUACCGGCCCUGCCGUCAUCAUUGACAAGACCCAGACCAUCAUUGUCACACCUGGAAGCCAAGCCAAGGUGCUGACCAACCACAUCGUCAUCGAAGUCGCCGCCCAGACACCCCGAAACAACGAUGCGCCCGCCGUCGACCCAGUCCAGCUCUCUCUCUUCGGUCAUCGAUUCAUGAGCAUCGCCGAACAGAUGGGCCGGGCAUUACACAAGACCAGCGUGUCCCUCAACAUCAAGGAACGGCUGGACUUUGCCUGUGCUAUCUUCGGCCCCAACGGUGACCUGGUCGCCAAUGCACCGCACGUUCCUGUAUUCCUCGGCAGCAUGAGCUAUGCCGUCAAGGGGCAGAUCGACCAGCUCGGUGAUACGAUGCGACCUGGUGAUGUCUACGUCACCAACCAUCCUGUCCACGGAGGCACACAUUUACCCGACUUGACCGUCAUCACUCCCGUAUUUGAUGAUGACGGCAAGGAUAUCCUCUUCUUCCUUGCCUCUCGUGGCCAUCACACAGACAUUGGAGGAUUUGGAGGAAGCUCCAUGCCUCCCAACUCCACCGAGCUGUGGCAGGAAGGUGUCGCCAUCAGAACGUUCACCAUGAUCCGCGAUGGCAAAUUCGACUACGAAGGCAUCGAAAGGAUCUUUGCCGAGCCAGGCACAAGGCCGGGAUGUAAUAGCACACAGCGAAUCGGAGACAACAUCACCGAUCUCCAGGCGUUUGCCGCCGCAAACAACAAAGGAUCCAAGCUUCUCAGCAAGCUCAUUGAUCACUACGGUCGUAAGACUGUGCAUCUAUACAUGGAUGCCAUCCAGACAAACGCUGAGAUUGCUGUCCGAAGCUUCCUCAAGGAGAUCAGGGCCAAGGGUCCUGAAGAUGGCAUCUUACGUGCUAUCGGCUACAUGGACAACAGCUCGCGCAUCCACUUGGAGGUGCGCAUCAAAGAAGACGGCAGUGCCGUAUUCGACUUUACCGGCACUACCCCCGAGCAGUACGGCAACAUGAACGCCCCCACGGCCUUGACGUACUCUGGACUCAUCUUCUGCCUCCGGUGCAUGAUCGGAACUGAUAUCCCCCUCAACCAGGGCUGCAUGGCCCCGAUCGAGGUAAUCAUCCCCAAGGGAUGCUUCCUCAACCCAUCAGACGAGGCGGCUGUCUGCGCCGGAAACACCCACACCUCCACCCGCAUCUGCGACACCAUCUUCGACGCCUUCCAGGCAAUCGGAGCGUCCCAGGGCUGCAUGAACUGUGUCGGCUUCUUCGGAGACGAGAACGUCGACGAGCGGGGUCAGACAAAGGGCUUCGCCUAUUCCUUUGGCGAGACCAUCUGCGGAGGCUCCGGCGCCGGUCCGACGUUCCACGGCGCGCACGCCGUGCACACUCACAUGACCAACACGAGCAUCACGGACGUUGAGCUGAUGGAGAAGCGGUACCCGGUUCUUCUGCGAGAGUUCAGCAUCCGACGCGGAAGUGGCGGCAAGGGCACCUUUAACGGCGGUGAUGGUGCCCGAAGAGUCUACGAGGCGCUGGCGCCGCUGAGCUUCAGUGUCAUCACGGAGAGAAGGACCACGCGGCCGUACGGUACCCGUGGUGGUGAUCAGGGCUCGUACGGAAGGAAUAUCUGGAGGCGGAAGCAGGCGGAUGGGUCGUACAGGGAGGUGAACCUGGGACUGAAGACCAUGUUCAAGGUUAAGGCUGGGGACCAGCUGUUGAUGGACACGCCUUCUGGUGGUGGCUAUGGGCCUCCUCUUAAGGCGAAUGGCGUGAAUGGCACGCAUAAGGUGAAUGGCGAACAGAAGGAUUUAUAUCCUAGAGCGCAGGGCAGUCUUGCGUCCUGGGAGAGCCGACAGGCUGACUUUUAA